AUGUCCGCUGCCCGUCUCCUCACCCGGGCCGUUCGUCCCUCGGCCUUCGCUCGUCAGCCCACGCUCGCGCGUGCGCUGGCUACCCCGGCCGCCCAGGGACCCGUCACCAAGACCAGCGUGCUUUCGAACGGUCUCUCGAUCUCGACCGAGACCAUCCCCGGCGCCCAGACCUCGACUGUUGGUCUCUGGAUCGACGCCGGCUCGCGCGCCGACGCUGAGGGUGCUAGCGGCACUGCUCACUUCCUUGAGCACCUUGCCUUCAAGGGCACCAAGGGACGUUCGCAGAUGCAGCUCGAGCUCGAGGUUGAGAACCUUGGCGCUCACCUGAACGCCUACACUUCGCGUGAGCAGACCGUCUACUACGCCAAGGCCUUUGACAAGGACGUCCCCGCCGCCGUCAACGUUCUUUCCGACAUCCUCCAGAACUCCAAGCUCGAGGAGACCGCCAUCGAGCGUGAGCGCGACGUCAUCCUCCGCGAGCAGGAGGAGGUCGACAAGCAGAUCGAGGAGGUUGUCUUCGACCAGCUCCACGCCGUCGCCUUCCAGGGCUACCCUCUCGGCAACACCAUCCUUGGCCCCAAGGAGGCGAUCAACUCGAUCAACAAGAACGACCUCCAGUCGUACAUCAAGAAGAACUACACCGCUGACCGCAUGUGCCUCAUCGGUGCCGGUUCCAUCACCCACGACGCCCUCGUCGAGCUCGCCCAGAAGAACUUUGCCGACCUCCCCACCUCCUCCAACCCCCUCCCCCUCGGCAAGACCGCCGGCCCCCAGACCAAGUUCACCGGCUCUGAGGUUCGCAUCCGUGACGACACCAUGCCCACCGCCCACAUCGCCAUCGCCGUCGAGGGUGUCUCGUGGAACUCGCCCGACUACUGGCCCAUGCUUGUCAUGCAGUCCAUCUUCGGCAACUGGGACCGCUCGCUCGGUGCCUCGUCGCUCCUUUCGUCGAGGCUCUCCACCAUCAUCUCCUCCAACAACCUCGCCAACUCCUACAUGAGCUUCUCCACCUCCUACUCCGACACCGGUCUCUGGGGUAUCUACAUGGUCUCUGAGAACCUUAUGAACCUUGACGACCUCUGCCACUUCACCCUUAAGGAGUGGACCCGCAUGUCGAUGAACCCCACCACCGCUGAGGUUGAGCGUGCCAAGGCCCAGCUCACCUCUUCCCUCCUCCUUGGCCUCGACGGCACCACCGCCAUCGCCGAGGACAUUGGUCGCCAGCUCGUCACCACUGGCCGCCGCUUCACCCCGAAGGAGAUUGAGCGCAACAUCGCCAACGUCGAGGUCGAGGACAUCAAGCGUGUCGCCAACCAGUACCUCUGGGACCGUGACUUUGCUCUUGCUGCUUACGGAUCCAUUGAAGGACUUUUGCCGUACGACAGGCUGAGGGCCGACAUGAGCUCUGAACUUUUCUAA